AUGGAGAAUUCAACCGUGACAGAGGCACUAACUGUACCCAAUCUCCUCCCGGCAAAACAAUCAGUGCCAAUUGAACCUUAUAUUUCACCAGGAUCUUUCCAUGUGGAAUACCCUCAUGAGUAUCACUUCAUUGUGGAUGAGCCUAAGGAAUGUCAGGAGAAGAAUCCCUUCCUGGUUCUAAUGGUGCCAGUUGCACCUCACAACAGGAUGGCUCGUGAUGCCGUCCGCAGUACCUGGGGCACUGAGAGUCUGAUUCUGGGCAAAGUGGUGAGUCUGUUCUUCCUGUUGGGACUGCCAAGUGGAGAAGGGGCAGAGAAGCUCCAAGAGCAGGUGCUGCAGGAGAGCAGAGAACAUAGAGACCUUCUGCAGAGUGACUUCACAGACAGCUACAAAAACCUGACCAUCAAGACCAUGAUGAUGCUGGAGUGGCUGAGCUUUCGCUGCCCCAACGCUUCCUACGCCAUGAAGAUUGACUCAGAUAUGUUUCUCAAUGUGAACAGCCUGGUGCACAUGCUGCUGACUGCACCACAGCACGACUACAUGACUGGACUGGUGGCCAAAUGGGCACAUGUUCUACGAGACCCUAACUCCAAAUGGUACCUUCCUGAGAAUGUUUUCCCUGACAAUUUUUAUCCUUCUUAUGCUCUGGGACUGGGCUAUGUCAUGUCGUUAAACCUGCCCAGGAAGCUAGUGGAGGCAUCCAGGCAUGUUAAAGCCAUUUAUAUAGAGGAUGUCUAUCUGGGACUGUGCAUGAAACACCUGGGUAUCCAGCCCACUGACCCUCCCAGUCAGAACCUGUUUCAACUUUUUCCUGUGCCUUAUAAUCGCUGCAGCUAUUCGCAGAUAAUAGCCACCACUACAUACACUAUCACAGAUCAGGUUAACUUCUGGAAAGACUUGCACAAACCUGGACCUACGUGUUAA